AUGACCCCAGAAUUACCAUCCCAGCCGUUUGGUUAUAUGGGUUGUUUUAAGGAGAAAUCACUUUCUAACAGAGAUAUCAAGUUUUAUACAUCCUCAAUAAUGACUGGUUCUGUGUGUAUGAAAAUAUGUCAUUCGAAAAGCUCGAGAUAUGCAGUGACAAAGAGUAAGAACUGUUUCUGUACUAAAAAUAUCUCCCUCUACACCGAAUCAUUCGAAUGCAACUAUAAAUGUCCUCGUAAGAAGACAGAAAUCUGUGGAGGGAAGACGUCAGUUUCAAUUUAUGAUACAGGGGUAGCUGUACAGACAACUGUUCAAUCUACGACAUCAAACAGUUCCAACAAAAAAACAUCCGAAAUUGCAGGAAGAGGAACCGAUGACCUCGUUUCCGUUUACAUCUCAGUUCCAGUUUUGAUCAUGGCUGUGGUUGCCAUAAGUAUAGGAACCAUCUAUCGUAGGCGGUGA